AUGUCAGAAAAAAAGAUGUCUUCCAGCCGCCGGCAUCACUUGAAGAGUUUGAUCCUUUCGAUCGCCUUCAACUGGAUCCAGCAGGAGAAGAAAGAUCUGGUGGUGGCCAAGGAGAACUACUUGGCCGAGGCGUGCCCCAAGCCCAACCUCAGCGGCGACCAAGCAACACUCAUGGACACGUGCAGGAAGAUUAACGCUCUCAUCGACAAAGUGGACGAGGAACGGUAUGACUUGUCAGUCAAAGUCGGAAAAGCUGACAAAGAGAUCGAAGACCUGAAGAUCAAAGUGAUCGACUUGGCGGGCGUGAAGAAGCCAGCCCUGAAGAAGGUGCGCAUGUCGGCCGACGCUAUGCUGAAGGCGCUGCUUGGCUCCAAGCACACAGUCAAUAUGGAGCUCAGGGCCAACCUGAAACCCGUCAACAAGGAAGUCAAGGAGGAGCCAGCAGAGGCAGUGGGCGACUGGCGUAAGAACAUUGAGGACAAAGCAGACAGGAAGAAGAUGUUUGAGUCAUCUUAA